GCGUCAGGGCCCCUCCGCCCUGGAGCUGCCGGACAGCCCCGAGCCCGCAACCGGCACAGCGGACUAGUGUCUGGGCCGGCGCGGCGGGCAGCCUGAGAGCGGCGUCCCUGCAGCCGGGUCUUGAAAAAAUUUCCUUUGCUGAAGGACUCACUCUACAAAGAGUUCGUCUUAUGAUGUCCAGUACUGUAUCCUCCAGGAUUUUAAGUUCUGCAAGAAACAGUAUCAUUGUUUUGCAAGGAAAAGGAUGUUUGUACUCAAGAUACAUCCCAAACAGAAACAAGAUUAAAUGGAAGUGUGGAUUUGCCAAAGGGCCUCUUUCCCCUUUUGUGCUGAGCUGGAGCAUCGACAAUGUCUUCACCUUAAAAAAAGCAUUCAGACAUACUUCAACUGAAGAAGACGACUUCAGUCUUCAGUUGACACCAUCACAAAUAAAUGAUAUACUAAGAGCAGGUGAAUUCUCUCAUAAAAUUCAUGAAUUUGAUGGUAAAAACACAAAUUCUGUGCUGAAAUUUGAGAGUAACCAGCUGGCUGCCAACACACCUAAUGAAGAUCGUAGAAGUGCAGCCACAUGCUUGCAGACCAAAGGGAUGAUGUUUGGGGUCUUUGAUGGUCAUGCAGGUUAUGCAUGUGCUCAGUCGGUAAGUCAGAGACUAUUCUAUUAUAUAGCUGUCUCUCUCAUGUCUCAACAAACGCUGGAAGAGAUUGAGUUUGCCAUGGAACGCAUGAAACCAGUUCUGCCAAUUCUGCAGUGGUACAAGUAUCCAAAUGACAUCUACCAAGAAGUAGCCUCACUGUAUUUGGAUCACCUCAGAGUUUUUUGGCAGGAACUAUUGAACCUAGACAUAGAACUGGGAUUCAGUGUAGAAGAAGCCUUGAUAUAUGCAUUCAAAAGGUUAGAUUCAGAUAUAUCACUGGAAGCUCAGGCUCCCCUAGAAAAUGAAAUGAUGAAAAACACUGCCCUUCAAGUGGCUUUCUCUGGUGCGACAGCCUGUGUGGCUCACAUUGACAGUGUUCACUUACACAUUGCAAAUGCUGGGGAUUGCAGGGCAGUCCUAGGGGUUCAAGAAGAAGAUGGAAUGUGGACUGCACUCUCUCUUACUCAAGAUCACAAUGCUUUCAAUGAAGCAGAAAUCAGAAGGUUAAAGGGAGAACAUCCUAAAUCUGAGGCUGAAACUGUAAUAAUAAACAACAGGCUGCUAGGGAUUCUCAUGCCCUCUAGAGCUUUCGGAGAUGUCAGAUUCAAAUGGAGUAAAGAACUGCAACACAAUAUUCUAGAGAAUGGUUGUGAUGUUGAGGCUUUAAAUAUUUAUCAGUAUGCUCCUCCCAAUUACUAUACGCCUCCCUAUUUAAUUGCUGAGCCUGAAGUCACCUACCAUAAACUAAGGUGUCAAGAUAAAUUUCUAGUUAUUGCUUCAGAUGGACUGUGGGACAUGCUGAACAAUGAGGAUGUCAUAAAACUUGUUGCAGAACACGUAGCACAAGCUAAUGUGCAGAAACCAAGGAUGACUUUUCAGAAACCAGCCAGCUUGGGUUACAUGCAAAGUCUACUGCGUCAUAGAAAAGCCAGGGGUGUUAGCUCAUAUGACCAGAAUAUAGCCACUCACCUAAUAAGGCAUGCAAUUGGAGAUAAUGAAUAUGGAGAGAUAGACCAAGAGAAACUUGCUGCAAUGUUGACUUUACCUGAAGAUCUAGCAAGGAUGUAUAGAGAUGACAUCACUGUUACUGUGGUGUAUUUAAAUUCAGAUACAAUUGACAGCUACUACAAAGAAAAUGAAUAGGGGUUGCAUUAAUAUUGUACCAUGUAAUGGUCAACUCUGAUACUGGGGACCAUUAAUGUUUACUUCUACUAAUAGUCAAGUUGUUACAAUGCUGUUGCCUGCAAGUCCCCUGUUUUUUAAUACUGAGAAACCAUGAGCUCUUUUGGAAAUAAUUUUCUAGAAUGACUAAUUUGUAAGACUUCUCUGGGCUCCCAGUUUUGUGCUGAUUGAAGUAAAAUGUACUGCUAGCAGUUCAGUAAAAUGUAAGUGGAGGCAGGAAUGAAAGACAGUGAACCUACUCCUGGUCCCAUUGACACCAAUGGCAAAACUCCUGAAGUGAACAAAAAGCAGACAAAUUGAUCUAAAUUAGUAUAACUUGUCAGUGAAGGGUAGUACUUGUAACAGAACCAAGAGCAAGAAGGAGCCAUUGUUCAAAGGCCUCAUGUAAGAUAGUGUGGCCUCCUCUCAAAGUAUAGCAGUCAAAAUUUAGAGGUGUACACUAGGAAUGGACACUGUUGUAUCAGAUACUUGAAAUUGACUAAUUGCUAAUAAUAUUUUAUGCCUACUGGAAGCAAACAAACCAUACUUUUUUCAAGACUGGCUGACUUUAAAGUGUGAAACUGAAUAAAAAUAGCAUGUGUGCGAAUACAUACAUGUGUAACAAUCCACAGCUCUAGCACACUUUAAAAUAGUUUACAGUCUUGUCUUUAGGAAUAGUAUAUAUUUCUAAUUUAAUGAGUACUUUUACCACACCAACAGUACUUGAUUGGAGUAUUUUCUUAUGCAUAUUAUUUGACUUACUAAAAAUCCAUUUUAUAUUAGAAACUGCUGCUUCAGUGCACAAUAUUUCAUAGAUCCAUCUGUGAAAUUGCAACUUAGAUAUUGUCUGUCUAUGUAUUUGGAAUUAAUAAGUGCAUCUGAAACUUAAAUGUAGCAGUUAGAAACAAUACUGCAUUUACUUUUUCUUUAAAAAAUAGAAUCGACGACAAUACUGGCAUUUCACCAAAGAGAACUUCAUUCUUGUUUUUUCUAUUCCCCCUGCUUUUGGGACAUGAACUGCUUACGUCCAUGUGUACAAUGCUGUUUAAAUGCUCUUGAUUACUAUUCAGAUCCUUAUUUCCCUGGUGAAUGUUUUUUACUUUUUUUUUUUUUACAUUUAAAACAACUCGUGUUUGAGUUGUACUAAAAGAAUCAAUAUUGUAUAGCUUUCUUUUAUACUCCACCUUCUAGAAUACCGUAUUUAAAGCUUGAAACUAGCUUUCCUUUUUUAAAAUCUGGCCUACAUUGUGGUGUAGUGACUUUUUUUGUUAUGCAUUGGCAUAAUUGCUGCCUUCAGGAAGGUGUAUACUGUAGUUCUGGGAACAGAGGCCUCAGUUUUACUGUGGUUGCUGUCAGGAAAGUACCUGGGUGUGUGCUGCAGAGGUAGUAAUAUGUGGAACUCCACUUCACCCCCCUCCCCCCUACCCUUGUGUUCUAUUUUUAAAAAAGGGUGGCUUUUUUUCUUAAUUUUCUUGCAUAUUAGAGUGUUAAAGAUAUCUACAGUUCAGAGGAUAUUUCUCCUCCUAGUAACUGUAAAGUAGAUAAAGUCUUGGGUCUAAAUUAGUAACAUUUGUGUCAUGUGGCUUUUCCAAAAAAAUGCAUUUAUUUAUCAGUAUAAACUAUCUAUUAAUGGUUUGUGGAGUAUUUAAAUAAGAUUCCACAUUAAAACUACGUAGGAAACUGUACAAACUGUUAAAAAUACUAAUAUGGAUGAUUAAUCGUAGGCAGAUUUGGGACAAUUAAGUGUAUGUAUUUUGAUGUUGUGCUAACAAUUAUUGCAUCCCUGGUUGCAACUGUAACAGCAUUCUCUCCAUAUUAUCUAAAUGUUCUUUUCCCUCAGAUUGGACUGUCUUGAUUUAUGGGUCCAAGUACCUGAAAGCACUUAAGCAUAUGUGUAACUUUAAGCCCAUGCUUAACUGCUUUGCAUAAUAAGGGUUGCUUUCCUGAAUCCAGAUCCUAGCACCAUAAAAGCAACAUACCUUAAAGUAUUUUGUUAAGCACGUAUCGGAGCAGAAAAGGCAAUUUAACUUUGAGGCAGCUGGCAUUUUUUCCAUAUUGCUAGUCAAAUGUGGCAUUUCUGUGCUUGAUGUAUACAGCAGAAAGGGUGGCUGAAAGAAAAAGAUUUGUGUCUUGGAUUGGUGGUGGAGGCUGAAGGAAAAGUGUGUGUGUGUGUGUGUGUGUGUGUCGGGGUUGGGGGACUGUUAUAGGGGGUGUUGAAGUUUUGGUGUCUCAUAGUCUCAUUUAGUCUUAAUCCAUCCCUACCUGCUCAGGUGGCAUUGGGCUCACUGACAUUCCUCAUUUGGAAGAAGAGGAGAGAGGCUGUGGAGGAGGAAUUGUAGGCUGCAAAGCUAAGGAGGAGACUAGUCUCGGAGCAAGUUUUUUGAGAGCCCUCCCCAAACCUCUAGUUCCCAUUUAGCCUUAAUCUCUCUGAAUGGUUUAAGUGGGAUAUCUUUUCCCAUGUGCCUACACUUGGUUUUUUGUAAGUGUCUAUGCAUGUGCAGCUGUAUGGUUUCGUUGUUUACGUCAGACUGUAACCAUAAAAAUAGUGCUGUAAAGGAGUGUAUAUCUAGACUACCUCUUAUUAGAUAAGGGCACUAUAUCAUUAGUGAUGUGGCUAAGAGAACAAAGGUGCUAGACUCUGGUAGAGCAGAUAAAAUCAAAACUUUAUAUAUAUAUAUAUAAGCAAUCAAUAUGCUCAGUAAAAUACUUAGAGGAAAUGCAAGCCUUUAUCUGUUAAAGUACAGUGUUGCAAAUCUAAGUACUUUUAAGGUAUAGUUAAAAUGACUUAAUAUUAACAAAAUUAAAGACUAUAUAAUUCAUGUGGUCAGGGGUUUUGUUGUGCAAAAAUUGAGCUGUGUGCAACAAGUGUCCCAAAUGAUCUAAUGUUUUACUGCUACAUAUGCAAAUAUAAUGUCUUUUUUGUUGUUGUUGUUGUUUGUUAGCAAAUUGGUGAUUAUUAUUUUGGGGAUUGCAGUCACAUCUGACAAUAGGAAUGGUACUAGCUCUAAUUUCAUGCCAGUCUGUGCCUGAUUUAACUUGUACCACUGUAAUUAUUGUUCCUUGGAAAAUGGUAACAUUAAAGCAAGUGCUGAGUGUUCAGUUUACUGGCAAAUAAUGGUGUUUAACUGCACACACUCUUGUAUUUUGUUGGAAACCAAUGGUGGCCAAUUCCUGUUGGUGAUUAAGUUGAUAGCAAAACUCCCAUCAACUUCAGUCAGAAUGUGGUCAUAACUUAUCUUUAUAACUGCACAAACAUGUUUAAUAGGCAUUAAUGUGUACAGUAUGCAGUGCUUUAGUGUUGUGGUAACAUGCUUCAGUGCUAAACCAAUUUAAAUGAAGUUAAUAUGUUGAUCAUAUCACACAGGAUAACUUGGUAGUUAAGUUUAGCUGCGUAAACCUUGCUGUAUCCUAAAUAUCUACUGUAGCUUUACUGACAGUUUAAUUGGCUUAGUUUGAGUCAACUUUAUGUUUGGAGAUUAAACAUUUUUCACUUUAACUGUAUUUUUUAUAAGAUCAAGUCAAGAUGUAGUAAUAAAACUACCUAUUGCCUAUGAAACUUGUUUUUUGCAUACCUAAUGUGCCUCUUAAAUCUAAAUAAAAUAAUCUUAGUUGAAACACUGGUGUAGGUACUCAUCCCUUCCAAGGAAAUGUGUUUAUGUAAAUCUGACUUUAAUUUGGAUUUGAGCUAUAACUUUCUGGCAUAAUUUUGAAACUUAUUUACAUUAUGCACAAAUAUUUGUUUGAGUGUUUGGUUAAUAAUGCUUUUCUCUCUCUACUUACAAUGACUUAUUUGUAUUUAAAUUUUCAAACCUUCAUACGGUUUGUUGCUUUUUCUAACUUCUUUGUAAAGAUUGAAGUGAAUUAAUAUUUUGUAAAUAAAUAUAUACAUCCUA